AAUUUUUACACCACCACCUUGCUUUCGAAAUGAUUCCCUUUGACUCGAUAGGCAGCAAAGACAGUGCUCAAACGGGCGGCUGAUAUUCAACAUUCCCUUACGGGGAAAAGAUCUCAGGCAGAAGUGUUAGAGUUUAACGAAAAGGUUUCUUUGGUGCAUGCUUAUCUCUGGAUCCCUUAAGAUCCGUAGAUACCGAUUGUACUCUACCGUAGCCGUUGGCGCCAUGGCCCCCAACUACGAAGCUUGGUCAAGAACGGAUCUAAUCGCUCGCAUUUCCGCACUAGAGCAAAGAGAGGCCUCCAACGCCACUUCUCCCCAGCCCAAUACGGACUUUGACUUUUACUCCUACCCCAUCCGAAAAAUUGCGCUCAAGUUCUGCUACUCCGGCUGGGAGUAUAACGGGAUGGCGUUCCAGAAGAAACCGACACCGCUGCCGACUGUUGAAGGGGUGCUAUAUGACGCACUGUGUAGGGCGCGUCUGAUUGACGAGGCUCGAGGGUACGAAGGUUGUGCUUGGGAGAAAUGUGGACGGACAGACCGAGGUGUGAGUGCUGCUGGACAGGUCAUCUCGCUUUGGGUGCGCAGUGCCCUGAGACAGAGCAAGGAGGAGAACUCUGAUGGACUGGCGGAGGAAGAAGCUGAGGGACUUGACGAAAACGAGGACGAUAUGCUCGGGCUAUUCGAUAACACUACCAACACCUCUUUGUCCUCCAAGCCAGAGGAAGAGCACGACUACCCCGGCAUCCUGAAUCGCAUUUUACCCCCCACGAUCCGCGUUCUCGCUUGGUCCCCUGUGGCGGAAGAGUUCUCCGCACGCCGGUCCUGCACAUUUCGACACUACAAGUACUUCUUCUCCGAUCUGAACUUGGACCUCUCCCUCAUGCGCGAUGCUGCCAGUCAUCUCGUCGGUUUGCACGAUUUCCGUAAUCUGUGCAAAAUUGACCCGUCGAAGCAGCUGACGUUGUUCAUGCGCAGGAUCCUUCGUGCCGAAGUCAAUGCGGUGGAGGCGGGGAUGUUCGUGUUCGAUUUGGUGGGAACGGCGUUUCUUUAUCACCAAGUACGGAAUAUCAUGGCGGUGCUCUUGCUCGUCGGACGUGGGCUUGAGCCCCCCGACAUCAUCGUUCAGCUGCUUAAUGUCUCUCAGGGUGCAGAGCCUAGGGAUAUGGAGAUUCUCAGCAGAAAGCCGGAGUACCAGAUGGCUGAUGGGCUUCCGCUGGUCCUAUGGGAUUGUGGGUACGACGAGAAGGAUAUACAGUGGCAGACUGGAGGCGCAGAGGGUGAUGUUCGCGGAGGUCAAGCGCGUGGGAUCUAUGAGCGCCUCGAGGGGAUAUACGAGCGCUCUAGGGUGUUCACGGCGCUGAACCAUCAUUUCCUGAAGAAGGCAGCAGAGCUGCAUUCGUCGAGACCGGUUGGCACGCGUCAAGAAACGCUUUUCCACAAGAAAUGGAAUCAUCCAGAGGGUAUCGAGGUUCCACUUGGUGCAGGAGCAACUAGAAGGAUACGCCAGUACGUGCCGCUGAUGCUGAGGGUGAGGAAUGAUGAGGUUGAAGCUAUCAAUGAGAGGUGGAGGAACGGGAAGGGGAAGAAACGUCUGACAAAGGUGGACGAAGAUGAGGACGAGGACGGUGGUGACGAUGACGGCGAUGAGUAGACUUCAAACUGAUAGUUCAACUCUGUGAUAAUUGAUGUGAAUUCCGGCGGUGAUUGCCCAUUUUGGAUAGCGGCCAACGAUGACACUUAUAGUUCGUCGCCAAUCUAUUUUCGAACAUUCUCUCGUCUCUUCUUUGCUCCUCAUGAAGGUUUCAUCGAUGCUCUCUCUGUCCGCCUUCAUUCCCUGUGUUUCCGCCGCGACUUUGUCAGUGCUCGUUGGAGUGAACGAAACAACUGGA